AUGAAGCCCAACAGGAUCGCAAAAGCGCCGGUCGCGAAGUCUUCGACUACGAACGACGUGGGACUCGACUCGAUACGAGAAUCGAUUGAAAUCCCACAAGAGUCUCCUUUUCUUUGGAAAAACUGCGCAAACGAGAGUCAACGCGACCGCAUCGAUAUCAAGCAGCAGGCCGUCUUCGACGGUCUUAGGCUGGGAGAAAAGAUUUCUAGCAUACUGAGAAGCCGAUACGAUGAAAGACAAGACGGAACAGGAGCCUUGGAGCUGUCUGACUGGGAUAAGCAGUUUGACGCUGCAAAAGAGUCAUAUGAAUCCUUCCAUUUCUGCGUUGGGCUUUUGGGUAUGCUGGGUAGCGGGAAGACAUCUCUAAUCAACGCUCUGCUUGACGAGCAGGAGCUGCUCCCAUCCAGCAGUGACAAAGCUGCCACAGCAGUCUUGUGCGAAGUCGUUUACAACCAUAGGUCUACGGGCUAUCGCGCCGAAGUCGUUUUCCGAACACGACAGAGCCUUGCGGACGAGCUCAACAAGUUGUUCGUAAAUAUCAAGUUAAAAGAGGAUCUUGAAAAGCGAAUUGAAGAGAACAACGGCAGUGGUGAUUUCAACAACUCUGAAACGGAUCAAGACAUCGAAGACCAGCUCGCCGACAUAGAUACGAGCAUUGCUGGUACACUUGAGGUUGUCGCCGCAGUUUGGGGAUUUGACGAGCAAGAACUCAAGGACAUGUCAACUGAGACACUCCUUCAGUCCCAAUCACUUGGUUCAGAGGUCUUGGGAACGAUACACGAAAUCACAGAGACGAACAGCGAGAUCUUUGCGAACAUGAUCAAACCUUUCGUGGACUCCACUCCGGGUAUUGAUGGCGGCAUUCACGCGCCGCUGACGUUGUGGCCUUUGAUUGAAAAAGUGACCAUCUACACCAAGUCGGAUAUCCUCAAAUACGGGCUUCGCCUUAGAGACCUUCCCGGCUUAGGUGAUGCAGUGGAGAGGCGCUCGAAGGUGGCAGAGGAGAAUUCCACGGAUCUUGACAUCACCGCCGUAAUCACACCGGCGAUUCGUGCGACUGAGGAGAGAACAGCCGUUGGUCUUAUCAAAGGACACCAGGCACUUCGUAUGCAGAUGGAUGGAAAAUUCAACCGGAGCUCAUUCUGCGUGGUUCUCUCCAAGACGGACGACAUCGAAUCGGAAGUGUACUUGAGACGCACGAAGGCAGCCAAGAACGAUAUUAAAAUCCAGAGACAACUCGCUCGGGUCAGGGAGCUGGACAGAUUUUUCCACGCGGCCGGGUUGGGGCAACGCAACCAAGAGCAACAAAAUCUGGGAUCCAACUCGAGUGGCUCAAGCUACAACAUGUCAAUAGAAGGGAACCGGAGCGAGGCUUCGGCCAUCAAGGAAUGCUUGGAACAGACUGCGGUGUCAAUGCGAAAUCGGGACAUCGCUGAACGCAUCCAAAAUUCUUUCUUGAAACGCCAGCAAGACGCUCACUUGUUGAAAAGCGAUGAGCUUCACGAUGGGACCGUGGAGGUGUUCGGUACCAGUGCGCGUGCCUACUGGAAGAGUAAACAUCCCGACGGGGAAAAGACGAGAGGCUUUCCAGAUGAGAUACAUUCCGGAAUACCUCGUCUUAAACAAUGGAUUCUCGAGGCGAUGUUCAUUCAGCGGGAGAAACAGCUUGACACGACACUCAAUGACCUGUUGACAUUGUUUGUCAGAAUUCAAGACCGCAUCAGUGCAGGACGCGCCGACUUUCAAGGCGCCACAAAGACGGGAGAGAACAAGCUUGCCCUCAUACAUCAGAGGCACCUCUGGGAACUCACUGAAACCCUGAAGCACUCCUGCAACAAGUUGAGCUGGAUCAAGCCAUUGAAGAACACGGGAGCAGCAUUGGACGCGUGCCAAGAACGGUGUCCACAUACCGUCAACCGUUGGCGCUACAGAUAUCCCGAACAGAAUGGUCAUCAGAAGCUUCAUGCCAAUAUACAGACAUCCAUCCUUUCCAAGCAGGGAGAGUCGCACCAGAGCAAAGGCAAGUACCCACAUGAGUACCACUGGAUUGACGAUCUCACUAAACCCUUUUUCGACGCCGUUCUUCGUGAUUGGACUCGUGCUUUCCAGUACAAGUUGCCCAUGCACCAUUCGAAAAUUUCAAUUUCAGUGGAGCCUGAGUGGCAGAGCUACGAAGAGGAGCUCGUUCGACUUCUGGGCAAGCAGCAAGGCCCACAGUUACAACAUGCUCUUAUUAAAAUUCAGGGUGCUAUCUAUGUUGCAAAAACCGAUCUUCAACACCGUGUUCGGCGGGUCCUUGACGAUUUACGAAAAGGUGCACAGAAUGUUCAUCCCGUCUUUCGACAAGAUGUCAAGAGAACCAUGAUUCCAGUAUUCCAAGAAGCGUUUGACAUCAAGGGCGUCGGGUGCCAGAAGGAGCGAGACCAACUCCUGAAGCACUUCGCCGAGAGCCACGCCAGCGGAAUGUUUCGGCAUGCUGCCAAGGAGACGGAACGCGCGUUGCGGGAGCUCCUGGACCAGCGAGUCAAAGAGAUUAUAGGAUUUGCGGUCGGUUCCGUCUCGUUGGUAGAAGAGCAAUUGAAGCCUCUCUUCAGCACUGUCAGCGCGCCAGCAAGCCCUGCCGCUCGGGACGACAGACGGCGAUUCGAGGCGGGAAUCAAGCCACACUUGAUAUCGUGGGAGCUGUGUUGGCAGAAGCCAUCGGCCCAAAGGGAGGAUCAUGUCAUGAGGGGAGACUGGAGCAUCCCACCCCCUCAAAUGGUCAAGGUCGAAGACGACUUCUAG